AUUAAAAUAAGAGCACGCGUGUCCGGCAAGAUUUACACUAAAAAAUGGUGAUAAAGAAGAACAGAGCAACGCUUUCCUGGAAGCUGCAACCCAGUCCGCAACGAACCCGGGAGGUACCACUCUCCUUCUACUCGUCUCUCUGCUGCAUGUAAGAGAGAGUACGCCACCAACCAUGGCCGGUCGAGCAGGAGCAGCAACGUCACCUCCUGCUUCGUCACCGCCGGGCAAGCAGUUCGCGGAAGUGGUGGUGGUGCGACACGGCGAGACGUCGUGGAACGCCACCCGCACCAUCCAGGGGCAGAUGGAUCCGGAGCUGAACGAGACCGGCAGACGACAGGCUCUCGUGGUUGCCCGUCGGCUGUCGAGGGAAGCCAAGCCAGCUGCCGUGUACUCCUCCGACCUCAAGCGCGCCGCCGAGACCGCGCAAACCAUAGCCACAGCCUGCGGCGUAUCCUCUCUGGUGCUGGAUCCAGCGCUGAGGGAGAGGCACAUGGGAGAUCUCCACGGCUUGGUGUUUGACGACGCCGUCAGAAGGAAUCCUGAGAUCUUCUCUUCUUACUCGAGAACCCAAGAAAUCCCCGGUGGUGGGGAGAGCCUCGAUCAGUUAUCCAAGAGGUGUGUCUCGUACCUGAACACAGUAGCUGAGAAGCACAAGUGGGAGCGGGUGAUCGUGGUCACCCAUGGCGCCAGCACGGAGGAGCUGUGCAUACACGCCGACCCGACCAGCCCUGUGCGCGGGAAGCUCUACAACACUUCGAUCUGCGUCUUCCGUAUCGGCGGCGGCGAAUGGAUCCUCGAGAAGACCGGCGACGUCGGCCAUCUCGAUCAAGGUGAAUUCCUUGAGGACGCAUUUGGCGGCGAUGGCGUGUCUGCGUGACGACGUUACUACUCACGCCAUCGACGGCUGUUUCCCUUUCGUCGACGUGAUGGCGUGUCUGCGUGACGGCGAUUCCUUGAGUAUACCACUGCUGUUUCCCUUUCGUCGACGCAUUCAUCAGCAAUCUACACUUCACACAAAGCCAGUUCGACCGGCCAAUGUCAUUGCACUGACGUGUUACUAAUUCAUCGUGGGUGAAACAAUAAAUGAUCAAAUUACUACUC